UUCCCAGCUCAGGAAGCUCCCGAGGAUGCAGAACUCAGGCUUCUCCAUCACCUCAUGGAAAACUACUUACAAGAGAAACAAAUUCUACCCACGCAAAACAGAUCUGAACCAGUAAUUGUUACGUUCGACAUGGCAUUUAGUCAGCUCGUCGACUUGGUGAGUAAUUCCAAAGUCAUCGUGCUUGGUAAAACCGUUUCCUCCCAUGAUAAUUGUUCUUUUUCCAACUAGGGUAACGUUUAAUCUUACAUUGUUAUUUUUGGGCUGGAAAACGUAUUGAUCUUAGAUGGCUCUACUGCCCUCUAUAUUACUACCGUUACAGUUAAUGAGAAAUUGAUGAUUUUGACCGUAUUUGUUGGCUAAAGGGAACAGAAGUUACCCUAUUAAAGCCGGUACGUCAAUAUUGAUUUAAGCAAAUUCGUACGCAAAACAAACUUUCGUGGUGAAAAACAUUAUAUCUUCUAUCAUCCAGGAGUGAAUCUGCUUAUUGUCACAGGAUGUUUGCGCCUAUGUGAGACAUUUCGCGAUUUUCGACCUGUUCAUGCAAUCUCUAUGUUCCCCGAAAGCCUCGAGCUCAAAGAAAUCAAGUGUUGUUCACAUUGCCCUUUGAAGAAAAAAAAAGGACGGCAACUUACUAGUUAAGAUUUUCUCUUGCUGUUGUUGAAAUUAGCAGGUUAGAUGACGUACCUACUUUCUGUGCAUGGAGUUUUAAAUGGAGAGAUGCCCGCAGAUACGGUUAAUUUCCUACAUUUAACAGAUAAAGAAGCUUGAAAUAUAAAACACGGUGGAAAUUUAAGACCACCAGCGAAACUUAGAAAACAUAAGCCGCAAUGAUCGUGUGCUUUAUACUUUUCUCCACUGUUCUCGGAUAACCUAGAUAUCACGGGUUAAUACAUACCUUUGGCCUCUUAUCUUUUCGAUAUAUAUUUAAUUAUUUCAACCAUAAUGACAAGAUACACCUUUCAGUGUUUUCCGCUCCGAAAAGAAAUGCACAGAUUGCAUUCAUGACCCGAGCCAUAAUGGAUUGUGUCAUAACAGUUUCUAAAUCCAAAGAUUAUGGACAAUUAGUUGAAACUCAUUAGUUCUUGUUAUCUAUUCUGAUGUAAAUUGAUAACUUAUCAAAAAGCCUUUUGCCAUCUGUCAUCCAUGUUCCUGAAAAGCUAUUUACUCGCAUUUAUCGUUCUUUGAAUAUGGAUGGAUAAACUCUAAAGCUUGCACGAAAAAAUCAUAAAACCCUGUGAAACAGUUAGGUGUAAAGUGAAGAUGUUUUUAAGGGACGUAGUUGAUGAAAUGAAAUGGUUAUAAAACCUGACAGUUCCCUAUACUCUGUGUUUUGUAAGCUUUUUACCUGAUCGUGACAACUGACCAACAAAAGUGUCUCAUUGAUUCAUUCCGAAUACAAAAGCUUGUGAUUUUUCGGGUAAAAACAUUGACCACAACAGCUUUGUUUAUAAUUUUUGUCAUGGCCUACCUUCAUGACCAGUCUCCUUUAGUACCUGAAUAACAAGUUAUUCAGUUAAGUACUUACAUAGAUCCCUCUUGUAGAUAAUGACACAUUUAAGUAGAAACUAAGUCUCUUGAAUAAGAACGCGCCACUUUACUCGAAGGGAACUCUCUUAAUCUUUUCGAGAAUCGAUGUACGUUACAAUGUAACUAUAUUUUCUAAGGAACUCGAGGUUCUUCACAUAAAUACAGUGUCCUAUCACGUAGAUAAUAAUUAACAUUUCCAACGAUUAGGUGCUAGAUAAAUGGGGUAUACCAACCAAACUCUCUAAUGUGGUCACUUAAUGAAAGCUAUACAGAAAAAUUCAUAUCAGUCUUCAAUGGCUAAUCUUCCAAAACGUCAUCCAGCCAGUUGUGCGGUUUCAGAAGUGAAGAUGUAAGUUUAUAUUUUACAAUCUGCAACCCUUGGAGUUGGGUUUUGUGCCAUAUUAUGUAAUCCCAGUCAUACAAAGGCCAAGGACAUGAACACUUUCAGUUUGUAACAUUUCGAGAUUCACAUGAACUGCUUUGUCUUGGAAUAUUCAUUACAAACUAUUUUGAUCUGAUGCCUUCUUGUACGGAGUAUUAUUUUUCGUUUCCUUCUUGAAAGCGGGUCCAUCACUCGACAGAACCUUUGUAGUUUAUCUUUAAGACUCAUCUCUAACGGCAGCCUUUGGAAUUUCUCUUUAUUCCUGUCUUUGCAAUUCAACAACAUUCGCGUUUUAGGCAUUCAGUUUACGGGGUACGUCAACCUAAAAUUCUGAGCUCUGCAGAUGUUGUUUUAAGAUCCCUGGCCCCUGGUCUCCAUAUACUCAUUAUAUAGAAGUUAACUUAUUAACUCAGUGGAAUUACGUGUAACAAGCUAUGCAAACUGUUCCUCGAUGUUGUCGUCUUUUAGAAUUGUUUUUCUAGUGAAGACGAAGGUGAUAGUGUUUCCUUCUAUGUGGAAAGGAUCUGUCCGUCCUGUUAUUGCGUGUUGCCUCCUGCUGUUUGUCUAAAUAUUCCCAAAAGAUCAUACUGAAAGAGAUAUAACUUCCUGUUAUGAAACAGAUUAAUUCGCAGCAUAUCGCCUUAGCCAUCCCAGAAAAGAUUAACGCAUCAGUUAAUUGUUUAUUCUCAAGCAGAGCACAAAGCUAAAGGUACAAGUAUUUAUUUGUGUUUUACCCUGUACUUCUAUCUAUGAAACAAAUUCAAGCGGGGAGAUCGUAAUUCAGGCUUACAUAAUUAACGUAGUUUAACGUGAUGGAUUCUUUACGCGGAUUACAAAUGGGUAGAACUAUUUUGAAGCUGCAGCCAUAGAGUCACUGAGAGCUGGCAUACAAAAUUCUUACUGAUUUCUUCGCUUAACCUACGGCCAUAGAGCCUUAAGAGACUAGCUAUGACAACUUCUAGACCUUUUGAUCUUCAGGCAGCAGGUUCAAACUCGCCGGUCAAAGGGCCGCAAUCAAGGUUCAUGAUCAGGAGAAUUUACCAUCUGUGACUCAAGAUUAAACGAGAUUGGAAGUGUUGUGAUGACAGAGAUUUCUUUUCUUUUGGAUUCGUGAACAAUGGAUUUUCACGAACAGUUUUCAGGCACUUGUUUAUCUUUAAUUACGUAAUAUGCAUUUGAGUCGAAAGAAAACAAAGGUAUUUUUUAUUAUCCUUGAAGGGAGAAGCAAUACGUCAAGGAAAUGACUUGAGCAUUUAUUCACCUCAUUAUAGGGCUUCGAAAUAUUUAACCUAUAACUCGUCACUAGCCAGUCUGAGAGGUAGAUACGUCCUCGCAUGCGAACUUCAUAUUUUCAGCUGUUUCAAAGCUGCAUCAACAAAAGUGGUGUGGCUACUGAUGAAAAAAUGCCACUUGAGGCAGGUUCCUAAAAAUAAUUACUCGUCUUGUCAUGAAAUAGCCAAGUACUAGUGAAACACGCCCAUAUUUUAAACAGCGAGAUUCUAGGUGUUACGAGAAAACCCGAAAAAUUGCACUGCCGGAAAAAGUUGAGCGUGGAAAUGCAGCCUAUGUAAAAAACGAUCCUUGUAACAACGGGGAAUGAUGAUUUGAAGGAGUGUAUCUGUUAUCUGCAAGCCAUAGCAAAAAGGCCCCAUCUUGUACAUCUUUACAAGUAACAAGGACGUCUGAUAGACCACAUACUGUGACAUUUUCGUUCUUAAUAAGCUAACUGAAGUGGCUAAUGAAUCUGUAAACACGGCAGAGUAAUUUGAUUUCCCAAGAUAGUAAUGAUGGCUCAAUGAGAGUCGAUUGUUAAGUCCUGUGAUGGUAAUUCUAUUUUUUGCAGCCAUUAAAACCCUGAAAGCGCUGGAUGCAUAUCUGUACACUGAUUAGUCCUGGUUUACAAGGAGAUCGUAAACUUGAAGGUUUAAAUCAAAAGUAUAACGUAGACAAUAGUAUCAUUUCAUCCUUUUAGUUGGUUGGUACAGCUAUUUCAUACAGAUUCUCUUUCCUUUUCUUUUCUUUUCUUUUUUUUUCACCUCCGUUUGUGUAUUUGCGAAUUGUAGGAAAGAGCACUCCAAAAGCUGCGUAGCCGAGAGCAGCAUUUGCUCUCGCUUGGAGCUCUUCAAGCUUCCUACUCUGAGCGAUAUUCGCCUAAGUAUGAAUCAAUUGUCGUCUAUCAAAUAAUAUAAGAACAGAAGGAAUCUGAGUUCGUGUUACUUUGUCCCUUUUCCAGCGGAAAAAAGAACUAGCUACCUUUGCAAGCAUUCUUUUUACUGUUUAGAGGCAGUUUUAAAACGUGGAAUUGGCUCUCUGUAUUUGUGAUCUUCCCUGCACACAUGGUAAACAUCAAAAAACUGUCUUACAACUUUCGGAUUCUCGCGCUUAAAAUGCUUACAAUGCAUUGAAUUCCCAAAGAGAAGAAUGAACAAAACCUUGAGGUGUUUUUAAAGUGGCGAUAUUUUCGAAAUAUUCGGAGAAUUUAUACGUCUCUCUUGCGAUUUCCAAUAUAUUCGUUUUACUUUGCCCUCUGUUGCACUUUUAAUUAGAAGAACACACAAACAUUAAUAAUGGACCAUGACAUCGAUAAUAAGUGAAUAAUGCAAGGUUAAAUGAUGAAUUGAAAAAGUUGGAAAGGCGCACCUUUUUAAACCAUUCCAGGUUGCAAAACUUGACGGUAUCACGAAGAGGAAUGGCUGGAUUGUCUGUACAGAAUGCGAGAGUUGUUUUGAUGUUGCAGGGUGACUAUUUCAAUGUUCAGAGCUGAAACUUUUCGUGGUGAGGAACACCUCAGCACGCAAAUUUAAGUUUCGGGUGCAAUUUAAAAACUUCUGACUACUCCAUGUUUACGCAAACAAAUUUAAGUAGUUAAUCUGUAUGAUAAACAAUAUAAGUUCUCGGGUUGUUUAGUAUAAACUAUUGAGCGUGUGUUUAUCUCAUGAGAAAGGAGUAUAUUAGUAACAGAACUGCCUGUUAUUACAGUUGGUCUGUUCCUUUACACUGUAAAACGAAAAAAACUCUUAACCCAGUGAAUCUGUCUCAACUGGUGCAGGAUGUUGUCAAAUCGAGUGUAGCUAUUUGGUGUCUAAAUGAACAUUUGAAAAGACGAGUUACUCUUAGCAGCGUGUGUAAUUAAGACUGGCCAUAUUGAGAAUCGCUUGCUAUGUUCACCUUUGUUUGCAUUCCACCUUUGCUAUUUAUCACCAAAGUACAUGUGAGAAAAUUACACUGCGGCUUUCAAAAUUAUCUUAAUCUUCUUAACGGAUGCACAGCUGAGAAAGCUGAGACAACGAAAUCCAAGAUUAAUUACCACACUGAUGUGUCUUAGUUCAAACCUAGUUCUGUCAUAUAAAUAUCCUUUUCAAAGUGUAAAAGUGUUUCAGGGCAACCCACAUGAGUUCAACAUAGCUUUGGGAAAGUCAUUUAACUUUUUUGUUGACCAAGUAGGCGGUCCGGUCGGGGAUAUCUUUGGCUUUCUGACUAACAGUGCGCAUCAUAAACGAUUGUUUUUUCUUACACCUUGGCCUCAGUGAAAUUAACCCCUCAGCUCCCAAAAUCCGUAACUGUUGAAUCUUUGUCAACAAAACCUGGGUUUCUGCAAAACAUAUUUCAAACCAGUUGAAACCUGAUCACGUGAUUGAAGUUGAAAGCAAACAUCUGAUGCGAUAAACGGCACGAAUUUUCUUCAACAAAAGUUAGUUCUCAUGCAGAGGAAAGAAGUUGUUUUUUCGGUGAAUGGGAAACAAUUCAUUAUUCCUCUCUGAAAGUAUCGGAUGCCAGUUAAAAGAAGACAGACAUGAGAACCGAUGGGAAUGUCCAGACCCUGGUCACAAUGAAGAUCCUACCCGAGGGGAGGGUGGGGAGCUGGCCGUAUUCUAAUUAGGUCACGGCUAUCGAUGAUUUUCUUUAAUUUUCCAGCCAAAAAACUUGUGCAACACCCAAGUGAGAAUAACACUGGAGAUUGAAGCUUCAUAUGAGCCCUAUUUCGAAGGGGAUGUCUCUCUUACUAGUUUUAGUUCUUUCACAUUCUUAGAAAUCUAAGAUUUUGGAAAUCACCGUUGGCGUGUCGCAAAUUUCGUUGUCGUUGACAUCUCCUGUGGUCUCUAACGAGCUUAAAAUUUAUCCUCUGUCUUACUUUACCUCAGUAGCGAUAGAAAAAUACUCAUAAAACAAUACUUCCGAAAUGCAAGAGAGAAUAACGCUAGAGAAUGAAGCUUUCAUAUGAGCCUUUUUGUGAGGGAAUAUCUCUCGAUCUAUUUUUAGAUCAUUCAUUUUCUCAGAGAUCUAAGAAUGUUUUGGGAAAUGAAAAUGGCGUGCAUCGAAUCUUGCUGACUUGGACUACUCGUGGAGUCUCUAUUCGUUCCCCUGACUUUCAUGGGCAAGCUCAAUAAUUAUCAUCUUUCCUAUUCCUUUCAGUCACAAUAUACGUUCGACAUUGCUGAUCCAAGCUAUACGCAGGGAACGUGCUACAUCUGAACUUAGUAAUGGCCUUGCUCAUCACAGAGUUCCCUGCAACUCAGUGGUAGAGGUUCAGAGAGCGGAAUCCGAUUCCGAGGAGGGACUCGAGACUUUUAACCAAGUCCCACGCUCGUGGCAAGACGAGUUACACCAUCUGUCAAACAUUCGUCUGUUGUCGUUUCAACUCAUAAUUUUUUCCUUCCCACACAGGAUAGCAAAGACCAAAUCAUGACCAGCAACAUUUGGGUCAGACAGGUAUUUUUGACGAUACAGCUACUCAUAUUUUCAUUGUUUCCUAUUUUGUAACAUAUCGCACAAUUGAGCAGAGAAGUACCUGAAUAAAGAAUAAAAAAAACAAACAGACAAAACAGAACCAAAAAAGGUUCCUCAAAGAUGAACCAGUGCGUUUUAUUUGCGCUGAUCAUUGUUCGCCUUCUUAACGUAGCCUGUAAAAUGUAUCACUGGAGCUCAGUGUUAAGACAACAUGAAAAAGGGAUUAGAACAUCGUGAAAUUACUCUAGAGUAUAGCCAGUAUUACUUUGCCUGAGCGGAGAAAAACUUACUUCGCAACUCGAUCAUCUGGCAACUGAAAAUUAUGAAUUCUAUUCUCCCGAUGACAAAAAAGGGAAUGAAGCGGUUUAAACUGACACAAAUUGAAGUUUGCUUUCGUCAUUCCUUAGUUUUGGAACAACAAGAGGCUUACGUGGGAUCCAGCAGAGUUUGGCGGAAUAAAAGACAUUAACGUCAAUCCAAAGAUAGUUUGGAAGCCCGAUAUUCUUCUUUACAACAAGUAAGAACGAUCAUGCACGGUCUUUUCAUACAAAGUCUAACUUACUUUCGGAUCAGUCACUUGAUCAAGUCGCUACGGAUUAUCAUUUCAUCUUUGUUUGGAGAGUUUUGCUAUCUGUGAAAUUUAAACUUUUUCCUUGUUCCAAGCAGUAAAAACAUUGCAAUAAUGGUGAUGAUUUUAAAUUUUACGAUUGCCCCAAUCAUUGGAAAAAAGAAGGAACGGGCUGAAUUACUUGACCCUGGGACCAACGGAACCAGUCUAGCGUCUUAACCACUUUUGCACAAUGUCCCAGAGACCUUCCCCUUACCUUGAGCUUCUUUAACUAUAGUGCCUAACGUUUUAAAAAUAUCACAUAAGUAAGUUCGACCUUCCAAUCCAAUCUGCCGGAUUCUUUGCUGGUUCAACCCUCACCCUUUAACCCUAAAAGUGACUAGCAUCUAAUAUCUCCUUACAAUAUCACCCUAAAUGACACAUUAAGGUAAGGAGAAUAAAGGAAAUGGUCACCAACUAGAGAAGCUCUGGAUUAUAAAACCAAUUCUCCUCAUCAGCACCAUAGUGAAUGCAUAGGGAACAGCAUGGAGAAUAUGCUUACUGAUGCUAGGGCGGAGAGGGUUAAGACAUUUUCUCGGUCGGUCGGUCGCUCGAUCACCUUAUCGGUCGUUGUGUAAGUCUGUAUGUAGAAAGUUUCCCUUCAGUGCACCACUCAGAGGGUAUGUCUAAUAGUCACGGCGUCGCCCUUUUCGGGGAUGACGAUCCCACUACAAUUUGCUCCACUCCCAACUAGUGCUUCUGUCGGUGGUAGCUUGCUUGCGAGGAUCAAUUCUUUACUAGUAUAUCGUCUGCAGGUAAAAUUAUGAUUUAUUGCAACCAAAUGAGUUUAAAAUUGUGAAGAGAAGUACACUUCACACUUUAUUUAAUGAUUCCUUUUUACACUUCUUCAUGCUCUUUCAGCAUUAACGGCGUCGGAAGAGAAAUGUACAACUUUGACACUAUGGUUAUCCUGCACCACGAUGGUCGAAACGAAUGGUUUGCACCGACGGAAAUCAAAUCCAUUUGCAAGAUCGACAUAACGUUCUUUCCCUUUGACGAGCAGAUUUGUUUGCUUACUUUCGGAUCGUGGACCUACAACAGCCAAUUCCUUGACUUGGCUCGCAAGAGCGAGACUGCUGACCUGCAAAAGUACACCAGUAAUGGUCAGUGGACAUUGGUCUCCGUAAAUGCGACGCGAAAUGUUGUUAAAUAUAGCUGCUGCAAGUAUCCUUACGUUGACAUAACAUUUAGGGUCCACCUUCGGCGGCGACCGUUGUUUUUUGUUCAGAAUUUGAUUCUACCUUGCAUUCUUUUGGCCACUUUGACAGUGUUUUCUUUCACGUUACCGCCAGGGUCCGGAGAAAGAAUUGCAUUGGUGAUUACUCUCUUACUUGGCCUCACAGUAUACAUGCUCAUUUUCACCGAGAACAUUCCAAAGACUUCAGAGGUACUACCUCUGAUCAGCAAAUUUUUUAUCGUGAUCUUGUUUGAGGUGGCCUUUUGUUUGAUGGGAACGUCGGUCACUUUAAGGUUUUAUCAUUUUAGUGAACCGGAGAGGAUAGUUCCCGCAUGGGUGAAUUUUUUCAUUGUUGGCUGGUUGGCGAAACUGUUGAGAAUGAAAAUGGCUGUGAACUUGUCAGAGAAGCGAUACGGCCACAAUAACAUGAUUUACCCUAAAGGUCGAUUGAAAGGUACAUUGUGGCAUCGCCUUCUGGGGUGUAGAGCUAAUGGUACCAGCUCCUUGAACGACGGUCGAAUGCAGGGAAAAGUCAAAGAUUCCAUGGAUGAAGAGCUGGAAGAAAUAACGGACAAACUCUCCGACAAUCCUAGUAAAGCCGUCGAGAAAAAUGAUGAAUCGAUGCGAAAUAAAGAGAAGUGGCAUUUCGCUGCCUCCGUGAUUGACAGGUUUUUCUUCUUCUUUACAGGGGUGGCAUUUUUUCUUUCCGUGAUCAUUUUCUACCUCAAGAUACCACACUACGAUAACGAAAAGAACUUUCAAGACAUUCAGACCGGUUGA